AUGGCGGAGAAAUCCAACAAACUGCCGUCGCCCUCUGCAUCCGCCGAAGAAGUGCGCGCCUAUAUAACCCAGCUCCUGGUCACGAAGUACAGCACCCCAGUCGAAAUCGCCGCAAGCCACGCCGCGAAAUGGGAGAUUGGCACAUUCUCGCAACUGUCCAAGGCGUCUCUGCAAAGCCUCUCUGAUAUAUUCAACAGCAAUGUCGGUCUAUGUUUGUACAACGGAGUCCGGGAAGACAUGUGCGACCAUCUCGAGAAGCAGCCAUCGGUGAUUUUUGCCAAGUAUGUUGCCCGGAUCUCUGUUGUGAUUCUGGUAUCCGUCCUGCUGCUCGCGCUUUCUUGGUCACUGGGAUUCCCAAUUCCGAAGGAUGUGGCUCUGUGGGCAAAGUCGCCAUUGCCUUGGUUCUUCUUUAGUGGUGCCAUGGUCUAUUAUGUCUACAAGCACAGCUUCAAGGACUCCUCCGGUGUCGUAUUCCGCGUCAUUCUUAUCUAUGUCGCGCUAAUUGUUGGCGUUUUCUUUUCUAAAGUAUGA